AUGUUUGAAAGAAGGAAACAUCAUGACAAACCUGGAGAAAAACCUUUGAGUCGCUCAAAGACUAAAAAGACAUUUUUAAAGAAAAGAAGAGCCAAGAAAUCUACAACCUGCACUCAGUGUGGAAAGAGUUUCUCAACCAAAGAAAGUCUUGAGCGUCACAUGAAGACUCACACUGGAGAGAGACCGUUCACAUGUGAUCAGUGUGGAAAGAGUUUCACAACCAAACAACAUCUUGAGUGUCACAUGAGGAUCCACACUGGAGAGAGACCGUUCACAUGUGAUCAGUGUGGGACGAGUUUUUUAACCAAACAAAGUCUUGAGCGUCACAUGAGGAUCCACACUGGAGAGAAGCCAUAUGUAUGCAGACAAUGUGGAAACAAUUUUCCAUACAAACAUAGUCUUAAGAUUCACAUGAGGAUCCACACUGGAGAGAAGCCGUUCACAUGUGAUCAGUGUGGGAAAACAUUUAAUAGGGCAUCACACCUGAAGACACACCUGACAGUUCAUAUGAAGGAGAAGCCACAUUCAUGUUCUGUGUGUGGAAAGAGUUUUUCACAGCUGUCAUAUUUACAAGCACAUCAGAAAAUACACACUGGUGUGAGAGAGUACAUGUGCUUUGAGUGUGAGAAGACUUUUACUAGAGGGGGCGAUUUAAAAAAACACCAGAGAAUUCACACUGGAGAAAAACCUUACAAGUGUUCACACUGUGACAAGAGAUUCAGUGAUUCAUCACAUCUGAAAAGACAUGAGAGGAUCCACACUAAAGAAAAACCUUACAAGUGUUCACACUGUGACAAGAGAUUCAAUCAGUCAGCAAAUCUGAAAACACAUGAGAGAAACCACAGCACAUCCACUGUGUGCUGAAAAUGAUUAUUGUAUCAAUGCACUGAAAGUAUUUUUUAAAAAUACAUUAUUUAAUAUCCUGAAGUUGUAGUGUAUCAAAUUUUAGUAAGUUUACUUAUAGGUUGUUUGCACAUGAAGUCACAGCAGCAGCACGAAUGAGUCUGGAGAGCAGGGACUGAAGUUGACGCCUUUUAUAGCGUUUUGCGUCAAAAUAAAUAUGGAUACCUGUUUA